UAGAUGUAGAAAAGAAGGAAUGAGAUAAUGGCAGCAAAGGAAGGAAAGAUAGUGAGAGAGUGAGCGAAUGAGCUAGUGAGCUAGUGCUAGAGGUAUAGAUAGAAAUAGAUGGAAAGAAUAAGAGCGAAGACGGCAAGCAAUGAAGAAACUGCAUAUUGAAAUCUGACGAAAUCAGAAUCGAUUUUGACCUAAAACUAUCUACAAUAGAUACUAAGUGUUUGUAUAUCACUGUACAGUAAUUAUUUGUAAGUGAAUUUCCUCACUACUGAUUUGUGAGAUUUGACCGAUAUAAGAAUGCUUGAAACACAACGAGCCCAAGUCUGGUGUAAAUUUGGUCAAUCCCAACCUUGCCGUUCGGUUGGAUAAACACAACAAACUUUCCCAGUGUCAAUACCCCCCCCAAAAGCCAUAAACCUCACUACCAUUUGAAAUGAAGUUGCGUUAAACUUGGCUACUUUCCAAAUUCAUGGAAAAUAGCUUAAGUUAUAGCAAUAUGUUAGGCAGGCAGAGACCAAGUCUACUAGAAAGCUAUGGAUCGCAUAGCCUUCUUAGUUGUCUAGGUACAAUGUUCGAGAUUUUUUUUUAAAUAGUUAUUUUGGUUUCAAACACAAAAAAUUUAAUACUUAGUUCUUCUUGGGUUCUACUUGACACUGGGAAAGCAUUUGACUUCUAGACGCCAAGGAAAUCGUCAAUCGAAAAAAGCCACGACAAAUGAACAAAUCCAAAAAACAAUUGUAACUAAUAUUAACGUUGAGCAGAGUACAACGAAAAGAAAACAAUAACAAAAACAGUACAAAAUGAACAAACGAGAGAGGAAGAGCAACAAAACAUGAGCCAUAUUAAGUGAUUUGCCAAAAACAGAUUAAACAAAUAAUCAGCCAAAAAAGUAGAACCUGUUCAGUCGAAUUCUAGACAAUCAGUCACAAUUUUGUUCCCGAUCACGGUUACUUUAUUUAAUUCCUUAUCCUUUUCAUGGAAUAUCCUAGAAUUAAGCAUUUGUAGAAACUAAGACCGCAAAUUUCACUGUACAGCAAUAGGUCACAAGCAAAUGAUAAACAGUACAAAUUAUAAUUGACAUUUGAACGAACAACAAAACAAUGAGCCCAAGUCUCGUGUAAAUUCGAACAAAGAGCGUUAAAACUAAGGAACAAAUCCCAAGAAUCGCAAUAAUCGAAAUUAGCAUUGAGUAAAGUAGUAAAUAUUAUAGAAAUAGAUUUCUGAUUUAUAAAUAUGUAGUAUAUAUGCAAGCAUUCUGUACAUCGGUCAAUAAUUGUCCGUGUGAUUUCAGCAUUUUGUUCCUUAAUGCAGAUUAAAAUUAUUUUAAUCCGUGUGUCGCGCAAUAAGCCAUAGGUAAUCUCUCUAUUUCUUAAUACUACAUACAAAAAUACAAACACUUUCCGCUGCCCAACCCGGGCGAUUAUAGAUUUAUUGAGGGUUUUUUACUUAAUGAAAUAUAAUGUGUGUAAGCUGGUAGUUUGUAGGCAUUAAAGCAGGCAUCAAAUUAAAAACUAAACAUCCUCAGAGAAGGACGAUUACCGCCCAAGCAACAAUUUCAAUCCAUUAACAACAUCCAACAAGGAAUGACAUAGAAAAGGGCAGGAGAGAAAGAGACAGAUAAACUGACAGACAGAAAAAAAUAAGAUAUAGAAACAAAGAGAGAUGCAGAAAAAGAGGAAGAAAGAGAGAAUGAACGAUUAGUAUCCUCAGUGCCUCUAGCGAAAAGUAUCCUCAGUGCCUCAUUUGGCAAAAUCGGUAUCUAACGUUUUAUGUGUCAAAGGUGAUGAAGGUUAGAAAAGUGCGUCACAACUGGUGCAGGUGAUCGUGUCAGGUUUUAUCUGAUAUACAGUGAAAGAGACAACUGCAGCCUGCUCCGUUUCAUGGUGCGUUGUUGUCUCCCCGAGACACGAGAACCUUGAACUGCUUUUACUCGACGUUUCCCCGUGAUUCGUUUUUGUCGCGUUGAAAUGAUCCUCCGCAGAGGAUUGCCUCAACAUCAUUCCCGCCGUCCCUCCUCGCCCAGCUGUAGGUGUCGUGGGCGGCCGCGACAGUAAAAUUUGUGUUGACACGAACCGUCGUGUCGGGUUUGCGCCAAUAAAAACAUUCUAGAGGUAGGACGAAUUAGAGUGUCCCUAACCGGGCACUGUUCAGUAUACAGUAGGACGGAGAGAGAAAGAGAUAAAAGAGAGAGAAAGAGAUAAAGACAUGAAAGAGAGAGAGAAAGAGAGAGAGAGAGAGAGAGAGAGAAAGAGAGAGAGAUUUUUUUUAACGGUUUGAAGCCACGAUCACACACUGCGUGUGUAUCUCGUUCUAGCGAGAUGUAUGUAUCGCUUGCCAAAGCAGCAACGACCCCCGCCGACGUGUGUGCUCAUGUGUUCGAUCAUGCUUUCGGGCCGAGAUCGACGGUGGGGCGGAUCGGUGGGAUAUGUUUAUAAAUAGGUGCCUUCUCGAAUACCCGCUGUAGACGCAGUCGAGGCGAUGGUUAUGAGCGCUAGCGAGGCGAACAUGGAAAGAGAGAUAGAGGGAUAGAGAGAAACAAAGUGAGUGAGAGAGAAAGUGAAAAAGAAAGAGAGAGAGAGUUAAUGAGAUAAAUGAGGAUAGAAAAUCGGAAAAGCGGGAAGAGAGAAAUAACGAAAGCGAGAGAAAGAGAGCAGGGAAAUUCGGUGCGUUACUUCUUCUGAUCCUUUGCUGGUGGUCCUUCACGUGUAUCUUAUUACAACAAGAUACAAUUCGAGAUCGAGAGAGAGAGAAAGAGAGAGAGAGAGAGAGAGAGAGAGAGAGAGAUAAAGAGCGAGACAGAUAGAAAGAGAGUUAUGCAUGAAGAGCGUGCAUUAAUGUGUUGUUUUUUUAUCUGUUGGCGAUCCAACAGAGUCUUGAGAGAAUACGAGAUGUGUCUUUGCAUGCACGAUGCACAGAUUCGCGUAUACCGAAGAUACGCGUUACAUUUACGUACCUACGUAGCCGUCUUGGUCUUGGUAGUGACCCUUCGGCCUACUCUCUCUAUUGAUACUGGCACACCGGGCCGCAUUGCGGGCCUCCUGUGCACGCUCUGAAAAGAUGAGUACAAGUGUCCUACACCUCAACACCCCCAAACCCGCUGUUGUGAGAAAAACUAGAAGGAGAGGAGAUUAAAAAAAUAACACACACACGCACAUCAUUCAUCUCAGAUCCUCUCCACUCAUACUCAUAUAUGUCUGUCAUUAGGUAGAAAGAAGCAGAAGAGGACGAAGCUAUCAUCGCCCCCAAAACACUCCGUCCGAGACGGAAAGCCGCACAGUAAAGACCCAAGAGAGCACAUUAACGUCACGCCAGUCUUCCUUACCGCGCCAGCGUAAGCGGGCACGCUGUUUGUUCGUGUAGCGUGCCGUGUGUGUGUGUUUGCUGUACUGUGCGAGCGGGUGGAGCAGCCACCGUGAGCGAUCCCGCGGAGCAUCGUGUGGGCCACCCGCACCCAGUAUCCGCCACAGCAGUGUGUGGUGUGUUUUCGUACCAGGAUAGUGUGUAUAUAGCAAGAGAGAAAAGACACGCGCGAUGGUGAUUUAGUGUGUGCAGUUGUGGCAGCCGACCGUAUUGUGCAGAUCUCGCCCCCUCGUUCUACCCCCCCCUUAAGUGCUGCCCCUUUCUAGAACACGCACAACAGUGGUGAACGAGAUAAACAAGUGCGCGCGCGUGUGUGUGUUUAGGAAUAGUGUGUGUGUGAGACAGUGCGAAGAAUUGUUCAUUCGUCCCCUCGUGCGCUGGGGCUGCAUUGACCGCAACGCAUCGCUCCGACGAAGUGUGAUAGAAGAGUGUGCGUGUGUAAGAGAGAGAGAGUGAGAGAGAGAGUGAGCAGUGUGCGAAAUCCGUGGUGCUGCUGCUGUACUAACCGGCCAUGGCGGCCAGCACCACCACCACCACCACGGUGACACCCUCGUCGUCCUCGACCGGCGCUUCGGCAUCAUCGACGUCGUCCCGGCUGUCGGCCGAGCGGCUGACCAGCCUCGGGACCACCUCGGGCGGCCCCAGUACCCGGCGCCGCUACAUACGCAGCAACACUGCCAGCGUCACCCAGCUGUUGUCGGACAGUUGCAGCAGCAUACUGCAACGAUUCCGCCGCAAUCCGAGCGAGAAGUUGGAGCAGCAUCAGCCACAGCACGGCCAGACGACGCAACAGAAGCGAUCGCAGUUUCGUGGCUUCAACGAGCUCACGACAUCCGCGUCGACCAGCUCGAUCCUCUCGCACGGAAGCGGCAGCGCGACGGCCACCUCCGACUAUGGCAGCCUCGGGUCGUCUACCGACUCGGUGCACCGGUCGCCAUAUCUGAGCAGCUUCAACAGUACGAUGAGCUCGUACUACAAGCCACUGUUUCGCACCUUCGGCAAACGCUUCGACUCACCGACGGCGUCCAGCGGGGCGUCCACCGCAUCCACGCACCAGCUGCACGCAUCGAGUAACAGCAGCAGCAGCAGCAGUAUCACGCGCAGCAGACGCGAAAGCACAACCGAGGAUAAGGACAAGACGCCACUGGUGGUCCCGGGCAAGGCGUCCGGUGCGGCGAGCGGCAACAGCAGUACUGGUGGUGCCGGUACCGGCAGCACCAUCUCGCGCCUCGAGUCCAAGUACUCGGACAUCCUCGACCGGGUGCACCGGCGCAAGGAGCAGGAGGAUAAGGAGAAAACGCUCGAACCACCGUCCGGCUCGGCGUACCAUCAGCAGCAGCAGCUGCCGCAAACGCAGCGGCUGCUGAACCCGCUCAUGAAAAGCUCCACCACGGCCAGCAUCGUGCGGGACAAAUCGUACUCAAGCGCGAAGGAGCGCACGCCGUACAAGUUGCAACUGCUGCUCGGGAGCAGCCGCUCGUCCAAGCUGUCCUCCGGCACGAGCUCCACCGGUGCGAUGGUGGACAGCCUGUACGAUCGAAACGGCCGGACGUACGGGGCAGCGGACCGUAGCUCCGGUAUGCGCACGUUCGGAGCAAAGGAAAGCAGCUACCAUCAGCACCAUCACCACCACCAGCAGCAGCAGCAGCACGGCGAGGGAGGCAAGGAGAACGUGUUCAAGUCGAAGUACGACCCGACCGAGCUGCUCUCGGAGGUGUCGGGCAUGCCGGGCAGCGGCGGCAAGUCGCGCCGCACGAUCAAACCGUACAAGCGCAGCGACACGACCGACAUGGGCCAUCUGCUGCACUCGCACCAGGCCCACCAGUACGGCCAGCCGUACGGCGACGGGUCGCUCGCGGACGGGUCCGCCUUCUCCGCGUCCGCGUCCAGCUUGACCACCAAGAAGGAGCGCCGCAAGAGUACGGCGGGCGGUGGCCGGUUCUUCGACGCGGACGGCAUCUGCACGGUGCCGCUGUCGAGCGACGACGACCGCGACUCGUCCGGUGCGGCCGACGCCACCGACAGCAAGGAUCCACGGCAGCGGGAGCGUCAGAACAGGCGGCGGGAGAUCGAAAGCCUGCUGCAGAAGUACGCUCCGCUGGACGAUCCGGGUAGGCAGCAGCCACCGCAGCAGCCGCGCCGAGAGCGCCGAUCGCACGCCACCGUUAAUCCGAGCACGACGGAACGGUCACCCCGGCUCGAGGACGAUGUCGCGUCGCUGCUGCUCCAGUCCGGCACGGCGUACCAACGACAGCGGACCUCUUCCUCCCACGUGCGCAUGUACUACCAGCAACAGCACCAGCAACAGCAUCAGCAGCACCAGCAGCAGCAACUGCAACAGCAACUUUACGGUACGGCCACCACCGGCACCGCUCUCGGGGGCGGGCUGCAGAAGUCGUACACCGUGCAGAACGUCGCCUCCCAUCUGCUGAACGGGGCCGGGCACCAGCUGCACCACCACUACGGUCAGCAGCUACCGUACGGGGGCGGUGCGUACCAUCACCAUGCCGCUCCGGUCGGUGGUUCGAUCCUGCCGAUCAACACGGGCGCCGCCCACGCUUACAACAGCCGCACGGCAGCCGCCCUAGCGGCCGGCAGCACCGGCCUCGUGCAGAACCAGCUGCGCGGUCCCCGAUCGCGCAUCCCCAAAGCGCUGUCCACCUUUAAACAACCAUUCAUCCGGGACGAUGCCGAUGGCCAUCUGAUCUACCAGAUCGGUGAUAUCCUCCAUAACAGAUAUAAAAUACUUGCCACCCUCGGCGAGGGUACGUUUGGACGCGUCGUCAAGGUGAAGGACUUGGAGCGCAACCACGUCAUGGCGCUGAAGAUCAUCAAGAACGUGGAGAAGUAUCGUGACGCGGCCGAGCUGGAAAUUGGUGCGCUGGAAAAGAUCAUGCAGCUCGAUCCCAACCUGGAGCACUUGUGCGUGAAAAUGCUAGACUGGUUCGACUACCACGGCCAUACGUGUAUCGCUUUCGAGAUGCUUGGGCUGAGUGUUUUCGACUUCCUGAAAGACAACAACUACGAGCCAUAUCCGAUCGAGCACGUACGGCACAUCUCCUACCAGCUGUGCUACGCCGUCAAGUUCCUGCACGAGAGCCGCCUCACGCACACGGACCUGAAGCCGGAAAACAUACUGUUCGUCGACUCGGAGUACACCACCACGACGGUCCCACGCAAGAACCGCGAGGUGCGCCGCGUCAACUGUACCGAUAUUCGACUGAUCGAUUUUGGCAGCGCCACGUUUGACGACGAGCACCACAGCACCAUCGUCUCCACCCGGCACUAUCGCGCACCGGAAGUGAUCCUCGAGCUCGGCUGGUCGCAGCCCUGUGACGUUUGGUCGAUCGGCUGCAUCAUGUUCGAGCUGUACCAGGGCGUAACGCUCUUCCCAACGCACGACAAUCGCGAACAUCUGGCCAUGAUGGAACGGAUCCUGGGCACCAUCCCUUACCGCAUGGCAAGGCAAACACGGUCCAAGUACUUCCGCUAUGGCAAGCUGGACUGGGACGAGAAGUCUUCCACCGGGCGGUACGUGCGGGACAACUGCAAGCCGCUCCAUCGAUGCGUCAUCACCGACAAGCCAGACCACCUGCAGCUGUUCGAUCUGAUUCGCAAGAUGCUGGAAUACGAACCCUCCAAGCGCAUCACACUGGACAAGGCUCUGCGGCAUCCGUUCUUCGCGAAGCUUCCCGCACACCAGCGCCUGCACGAGAAAUUCAUUGUGAAGGCAACGGAUCCGCGGCACCCGGAACCGGGAAGCAAGCCGCGACCGCCAAUGCCACUCGCGCUGCUGCCCAUAAUGGCACGCUGGCAGAAGGGCAGCAUUGGCUCAAAGGCCUAGAACGCAGUGAGGGGAGGGAAGGGUAUAGAUAACUGAAACGUCCCCACGACCCACAACCCACCCACCCACAACACAAAACAACCGCCAGUACCGGAAGCGAAAACAGCAACAACAACGUCCCUUAUGAAACACAACACACGCACACGCACAUUAUAUUGUGGUACACACGCUGUAUGGAUGGAUGCUGUAUGAAGGCGGAUGACAUACAGGGAAUGGAAAACAACUGCAUCAACAAAAGCGUUAAUGUCGGAUAGCAAACCGAUAGUAGUGUGGUGCCUGCCAAAUUCCACCGCCCGUAACACAUCGCGUUCCUCAGCACGCACCGGCGAGGGAUGUAUACACCCUACAUGUUCCUAUUGUUUAAGAGGAUGUUUUUUUUUGCUUGCUUGUAGUGAAAGGGUGUUAGAAAAGGUUUGUGCAAAGUUCGCCUAUCAUUUGUCUUCCCUAUAAGUGCGUGUGUGUAUGUACGAGCGCGCACACACACACAUACACCCAUGACUUCCGAGCACGGUCGUUAUCCUUUAUCCUUUGGGGCAUUAAUUAUAAUUAGCACACGUGCAUCGAGCUUUGAAAAAAAGAAACAAUGGAAUGCAUUAGGAGCAAGGCAGAGACAAAACACACAACAGCGCCAUAAGGAGGGACAUGCCCGUAGGAAACGCUCAAUUGAGGAAAACAGGUGGAAAACAAGAGGGUUAGUAAACUAUUGUGGGAUGUCACUCGCUACCGUUACGAUGAGGAAAGCGGUCGGACAAGCCGAGGUGUGCCAUGAAUUCCAUAGUUGUCCCCCAUCCGCAGCUUAAAUCGAUGAAAGGGAAAGCAUCGACAGAUCGUGGCGUGUUAAAUAUAUUACAUAGCGUUUUGCUUUCGGGAUUUGCUUUUCCGUUUGAAAUUCUCCAUGCUUUGCCUAGCUUGGUAUUUUCCUUUCUUUUUUUUUUUUGUCCAACUAUUUGUUUCUCACUCUUCCCUUUCCCUGAACCGAUUGGAGAUCGGUUUACCCUAACGGCAACGGGGCAAAGUGUAGAUAAAGCGGUCCGUUUUUUUUUUUGUUUUUUUUUUUGUCACCAAAAGUGUUAACGAUUGGGAUACAUUAGCAAUCAAAGCGAAGAAAAGCAAACGAAAAGCAAGUUGAACGAACAGAUGGCGCUAAUGUACGGGCGGCAAGUGUGUGAUCAUCAACAAUGUAACCAUGUAUAGCAACAUAUUUGUAGGAAAAAGGAGGGUUUCAGAUUUCUGUGUUUUUUUUUUGUUCUUUUUGUUCCCCACAACAAAAGGAAAAAAAGCAAAUAGCAAAAGCUCCUAUUGUAUUCGCGCGACUCCGGCGGAAGGCACAGAGCGUCGCUGCGAUACGCCCGAUACAUUGGCUGCAGGAAAAGGGGUUUUCUUUCCCCCAUUGCUGUGUGAAUGAAUUUGUCGACGAGUCUCUUAUGUUCUUAUUAGCAUUAGAAGUGCGGGGUGCACAAGCCGCCCGCGGGGGGUGGGGGGAAACUCCCAACUCCCAGCUGGUGUGAAAGGUGCAAAAUGCGACGCAAGCAUCGCUAGCGCUGCGAUGUACAGAGGAGUAGGGAGACUAGAUAAAGCAAAUGUGUUUAUAUAGGGAAAAAAACAAACAAACAAACGUGUAAAACACCCCUCUCCCUCUUCCCCUUAAUCAACCCCUCCCCACACCCCCCUUCACUCACCGAACAAAGAUCUCUCCUAAUCACGCCUCACGUCGUGUUGUGGCAGCACUGUACAAGGUGCAACGAAAUUCUAUUACUGAUGCCGACAAAAGGAGCAAAACAGAGGAAAGGAGGCGAAGAAGAAAAUGUGUUAUUUUGCAAAGCGGGAAAGUAUAACGGACGGUUCUGAAGCAAAGGGAGGAGGGGUGAGAGAGGGGGUAGGGCAGUAUAUGUGACAAAAACAAACAAGGACAAAAAGAAGAGAGAACAUUAAGAAAACGAUGCAACAAGUCCAAUUUCUAGUGAUUGUUUAGGCAAAUAAGAGAGAAAGAGAGAGAGAGAGAGAGAGAGUGAGAGGGGUCAACCGCAAAACAAAUGGGAAAUGUGAGUGAUUUUGAACAUGUUCGUUUAGUAAAGACUUAUUUAAUAAAAAAAAAUAUUAAGAAAAGAAA